ACAACAUCACGAUGGCUGGUCGGCCUGUGAUUGACUUCAGUGGGGUGGAUGCAUGCCUUUCAUCUUUGAAAAACUGCCAGUCCUACAUAAGCACUGGAAUGGACAUUGCUACCAGUGUGGCUCUCGACCUUGUGGAAAACCACAAUAAUAUGGAAGAAGUGGAUGAAAUGGAAAAGGUGAUGUGGAAUUAUGCAGCUAUGAGCCGAGAAGUGGACCACUAUGUAAAAGCAGUUGAAGUGACUGUAAAUCAGCUAAAGCAAGAAAAACCAGAAACAAUGCCAGAUUUAAAACAUGAUGUUGAAGAGAAGUUUAAAGCCCUGGAAAGCACAAACAGUGACCUUGAUUUGCAGAGAAAUGAGAAAUUUGUACUUUUUAUGGAGAAUCUCAAGCAAAUGAAAGCAAAGUGUGUUUGUCUCUCCUCAAGCUGAAAGCUAUAAUAUCU